CUUACUCACGCAUAGCAUAGAGCAAGAUUCCAAAGAAAAAUAUAUGCAUAAAUGUACAUACACAAUCUUCAAUGAUCAAUCUCGCGCAUAAAAUCAAAUCGUGACCCUUAAAAAUUAGUAGCUUCAAUUAAAUAAGUCCACGGAAAAAUAUACACACUGACAGUGACAACUACUACAAUCGACGAUGGAAGCUCCCUACCACCGGCUGCCGGAUUCCGGCGACUCUCGCCUCAAUCAGCUCGGUUACAAACAGGAGCUCCGCCGCACCCUCUCCGCAAUCUCCAACUUCUCGGUGACAUUCUCGAUAAUCUCGGUGAUGACUGGCAUAACCACGCUGUACAGCCAAGGGCUCAGCUUCGGCGGGCCGGUGACGAUGGUCUACGGCUGGCCGAUUGUAGGCGUGAUGACGUUCACGGUGGGGCUGUCCAUGGCGGAGAUCACCUCGGCGUAUCCAACUUCCGGCGGCCUUUAUUAUUGGGCGGCGAAGCUGUGUACGGACGACUGGGCCCCCUUUGCUUCUUGGCUCACUGGCUGGUUUAACAUUGUUGGUCAGUGGGCUGUUACAACAAGUAUAGAUUUUUCCCUAGCACAGCUGAUACAGGUGAUGAUUCUCCUCGGCACAGGUGGGAAGAACGGAGGAGGAUACGAGGCCUCUAAAUACGUUGUUAUAGCUAUCCACGGAGGACUUCUCCUCUUGCACGCUGCCCUCAACAGUCUCCCCAUAUCGUGGCUAUCCUUCUUCGGACAGGUUGCUGCAGCUUGGAAUGUUUUAGGCGUCUUUGUUCUUAUGAUCCUCAUCCCGUUGGUGGCAACGGAGAAAGCUAGCGCGGAGUUUGUAUUCACCGACUUCAACACAGAAAAUGGAAAAGGAAUCAACAAUAAAGUGUACAUAUUUGUGCUAGGGCUGCUCAUGAGCCAGUAUACCUUAACCGGUUAUGAUGCAUCUGCUCAUAUGACAGAGGAGACGAAGGAUGCAGACAGGAACGGCCCAAAGGGGAUCAUAAGUGCAAUCGGGAUAUCCAUAAUUGUCGGAUGGGGCUACAUACUAGGCAUCACGUUUGCAGUGACAAACAUUCCGAACCUUCUGAGUCCAGACAACGACGCUGGUGGCUACGCCAUUGCUGAGAUAUUCUACCAGUCUUUCAAGAACAGAUACGGCACUGGUGUUGGUGGGAUCAUCUGCCUAGGAAUAGUCUCCGUUGCCAUAUUCUUCUGUGGCAUGAGCUCCAUCACGAGCAACUCCAGGAUGGCCUAUGCCUUCUCCAGAGACGGCGCCAUGCCAUUCUCCACGUUCUGGCACAAGGUCAAUGAGAACGAGGUUCCCCUAAACGCUGUCUGGUUGUCAGCGAUCAUAGCCUUCUGUAUGGCGCUAACGUCAUUGGGAAGCUUAGUAGCGUUUCAAGCGAUGGUAUCCAUAGCCACCAUCGGACUCUACAUUGCAUAUGCUCUGCCGAUCUUCUUCAGAGUGACUCUGGCUCGGAAGUCUUUCAGACCGGGGCCAUUCACCUUGGGGAGGUAUGGAGUGGUCGUUGGAUGGACUGCGGUCCUGUGGGUGGCAACGAUCUCUGUUCUCUUCUCGUUGCCAGUGGAGUAUCCGAUCACGAAAGAGACACUGAACUACACUCCAGUUGCAGUUGGAGGGCUGCUGAUUCUAACAAUUGGUUCUUGGAUGUUAAGCGCUAGGCACUGGUUUAAAGGUCCAGUUACAAACAUAGGUAGCUGAUGUAGUUUGUUGUAUUUUGUGUGUAAUGGUGGAUAUGUAAUGUAUAUUGGUGGAGACAAUCAUGCCUUUGCAUUCUGUAUCUUAAUAUUCUAGUCUAGCCAUUGUGUUUCCUGACAGUGGGAAUUCUUAAUUUGUGAUCUAUUGUGAUUAUAAGUAAGCCAAUCAUUUCUUGAA